AUGCUCGAAUUCCGCACGUCGGGCUUCAACCCGUACAGCGUCAAAUACUCGCCCUUCUUUGACAGCCGCCUCGCCGUGAGCGCCGGCGCCAACUUCGGCCUCGUGGGCAAUGGCCGCUUAUACGUUCUCAACCUGACCCCGAACGGCAUCGCCUGCGAGAAGUUCUUCGAGACGCAGGACUGCCUCUUCGACCUGACGUGGUCCGAGCAGCACGAGAACCAGCUCCUAACCGCCGGCGGCGACGGCAGCAUCAAGCUCUUCGAUAUCGGCGUGGGCGAGUUCCCUGUGGCGGGAUGGCAAGAGCAUCAGCGGGAGGUGUUUGCGGUGCAUUGGAAUUUGCUGGAGAAGCAGACGUUCCUGUCGAGUAGCUGGGAUGGCACGGUGAAGAUCUGGACGCCGGAGAGGAAAGAGAGUCUUAUGACGCUGCCAGUACAUUCGUGCGUGUACUCGGCGCAGUACAGUCCACAUCACCCGCAGAUUGUUACGUGUGUGUCGCGGGACUCACAUCUGAGGGUGUUUGAUUUGAGGAGUAAGCCGAGCUCGCAGUACCAUCUGCAGUUUGCGAUUCCCAUUCAUGGACCGCCGAAGAUGGCUCUGCCGCAGGUGAAUAGGAGUGUGGGACCGACGGAGUGUCUGACGCAUGACUGGAACAAAUAUAGGGACUCGGUGUUGGCAACUGGCGGGGUGGACGGAGUGGUGAAGACAUUCGAUCUGCGAAUGCCUUCUGGGCCGGUCAAUCUACUACCAGGUCAUGACUACGCCGUGCGGAAGCUCAGCUGGAGCCCGCACCUCAGCGAUGUGCUUCUGAGUGCGAGCUACGAUAUGACAUGCAGAGUCUGGACAGACGGCAGCAACGUCGACAAAGGCGGAAACGGUGGUGGUCUGGGAAGAGAACUGGGGAGGAUGGACAGACACACAGAGUUUGCUAUGGGCGUGGACUGGUGCCUCUUCGGCGCAGAAGGCUGGUGCUCGACAUGCGCCUGGGACGAAAGAGUACUUGUCUGGGACGUGAGAGAAUAUAUGAGACCAGGACCAUGA